CAAAAAAUGUUCUUGAUUCAUUUUUAAUUUUGCUGGGGAAAUAAUUGCUUUUACUGCUUUGUAUCUGGAUCACAAGAUGUUAAAGUUUUGAGGUGGAUUUUGACAAGUGGAGAAAGAAAUAAGACUCGUUGGUGCCGGUUAAUUGUUUCCUCCAACAUGUUCCGCCUCCUGAAGUCCCUGACAGCUCUGAUCCUGCUGGGAACAGGUACAUGUCAGGUGAUAACUAAGUCUGGACUGAUGGACAUCAGCUCCUGUCCCAUCACCUUUUAUGGACAGAGAUAUGAGCGGCUAUUGGUGAACACCACACAUGACGCAUUUACUGUUUGUUUCACCGGCCAUGUCAAACCUGGAACUACAGGGGACUGUAUUGUGGUACCUCGAGUAACCGGAGACUCUUUUCAGUCUGACAUCAGGACUGACUUUUUCCGUCUUGGAUCACCACUGCACCAGCAGGUGCCAACCGUUAAAACUGAAGGAACAUGUUUCAUAGAUGUAGCGAUGGGUUCCACGUCAGAAACGGAGAUUUUCUUAACUUUAUUCAACUUUGGAACACAAGCAGUCAUGUGGCUCAUGAAAACAAUUGACCACCCUAAUGGUGUCCUGCUGGUUGAUCUUCUGGUUAACGGUGAAACAAUUCAGCAACUAAAUAUAAGUAACAAUCAUACAAAAUCUGGGUCUUUUUAUGAUAUUAGCGGAUGCCGCUACUCAGGUGGAGUUCUCAGACCAAACACACUGCUGAGCCUGGAAAGGUGUUCUAGGGUAAACUGUGACGAAACCGCCGUCCUCCGCAGAAUCCGCCUUUGUGACCCAACAGGGCACUGCCAUGGCAACGGGCAACAGGAAACCUUAGAAGGCUUUUGUAUCACGAACAACUUUAAACAGAUGCCUGCUGGAGACGAUGUGCACUGUGAUUGGACCCACAGUUAUCGAUAUUCAGGGACAAGUGACCUCUGUCCAGGAUUGCUGCGCGUAUGAACUCCUGUCCCCAUCAUCACAGGGAGCUUUUCAGGUGGUUGCAAACUUCCACAACCAUCAUCGUGAAGAUGCCACCGCAGUGGGUGGAGUCAUUUUGCAACUGGAUGAGCCACACGUUCAUAUUUAUCUGGAACAAGGUGGGACA